AUGCGGAUCACUUGCCUUUUGACCAUCACCUCGUUGCUCCUGAGGCUGACAGAAUGCACGAUGAUAAAUCCCAAGAUGCCCGCUCAGAGGAUUAUUGUGCUGUGCCAUCUGCGUCGAAGCCGGCCUUACAACGCGAUCCCGACGAAUACAAGCUGAGCAACGCGCUUAGGGUUCCACGCGCAACGACCUACACAGCCCAGGCGUUGUACGAACAGAUCUUGACAAAUGAUAUCAACUUGGACCCCGAAUACCAACGAGAUGUGGUCUGGACUCAGCAAAAACAGACAGGGUUGAUAGAUUCUGUGUUGAGGAACUUCUACAUACCCCCGGUUAUCUUUGCGGUGAAUUCUUUCGACGAUGGGACAGAAACCAGAACGUGUAUCGACGGCAAGCAGAGGCUUACGUCAAUUCAUAGGUUCAUGGAAGGUCUAAUCCCCCACCAAGACCAUGAAACGGGUGAGAAGUAUUGGUACAAAGAUAAUCCAGGGGCACCCAGCAAACGGAAGAAGAACCUGCUCCCAGAGUAUCUUUGUCGCAUGUUUUCAAACAAACAAGUCGUUUGCGUCGAAUACCAGGACUUACCUGAUGAAGGCGAGCGAGAUAUCUUUCAACGAGUCCAAUUAGGUAUGGCCUUGACUCCCUCAGAGAAACUGCAAGUCAUCAACACACCCCGAGCUCAGCUACUACGUGAGCUGAUGAACGCGUAUCCCCUUGAAAACCUUCCGUUCGAACGCUCGCGCGCCACCGAUUUCCGUUGUUACGCCAUAGUUGCACAUGUCCUCAUGCACUACCCCAAAAUCAAGAACAUUGCCAUCGGUGUGACCCUAACUAAGUGGCUCGAGGUGACUGCCGAUGUGUUAGACUCAUUCAGGACGAGGAUGAUCGAGGCGCUGGAACGUGCCGGGGAGAUAAAAGUCCCGGAGAAAAAUAGCAAGGGCAAAGUCUCGCCAGUCGAGGUUAUUUUCAUCGUUAUCCUGGCGAAUGCCAUCAAGGAUCAGAAACGUCUCUCAGCAUUGGUGAAGGAGAUGCGUGCAGAUGUUCGGGAGGCUUUCCGCGACGUCCGAACGAAUGUUUCAGUUGGGAAGCAUAUGCUUGAGUUCGUCAAGCGAGCGGACAAAGGGAAGAACGGGGGCGGAUAUUUCGAAGAGGAUGAUGAUGACGAAGAAGCCGAGGAAGAAAGGAAACCGCUUCCGAGGAAGAGUAGAAAGUCAAGGGCAGCGAAGCAGGCUGGGGACGACGAGCCGGACAAAGUGGAAAAUCGGCGGAAUCCGCAAAACUUGCCAUCCCCGCUACAAUAGUAUAAAUAUUAUUCCGUCUUUGGGAUUACUACAAAACUUCACUACACUCUCUAUCGUGUUUUCGUGCUAUCGCCUACAAUAUAUCAUAGGGAAGAAGUUCCACCACGUGCGAGUCCCAAUCAAAUUGCGUUCCGUUUACCACCAAGGAAAACUCUGGACCUUAGUUCUUCAAGCGCCG